GGGCGCUCCUGAGCAGAAUUGAGUAAUCCUGCUACGAAUUUUAUCAAGAGAGGAAGAAAGGAAGACAACAAACAGAAACAGAAGUAGAAGCAGAGCAAAAGGAAUGGCUUUCCACUUCUGCCCUCAGUGUGGAACAAAGCUACAGCCAGAUUUUAAGUUUUGUCCCACUUGUGGAGAGAAACUGCCCUGUCCUGAGGCUUCUGGUCCAAUAGCCUCCACCCUGCCUUCCACAACACUAGUGUAUAAAGGCACAACUUCAAGUCCAGCUUGUGAACCCAAAGCUGUUACAGCUUCUCUUACCACUAGUAUAGUGUCAUCCCGACCGCCACUUCACAAGACUCGUAACUCACUUCGUCUGGACAAUCUGAGUAUCAAAGAUGCUUCUUCAUCAGUGACAUUUCCUGGAAAUGUUUCCUUUGAUGAUGCAAAUGAAGGUAUGCCUCAGCUAAACUGGUGUCUACACAUCAGUGCAUUAAUAAAAUUGUAUAGUUGUAUUUGCGUAUUUAUAUUUCAUGCAGUAGGUAAAAAUAUGACCCAAGCUACGCCCCCAAAGACUCGUUCAGUCACUAUUAAAACUGACAAUCAAGGGGCUGCUUUAGAGUCUUCACCUUUAGCGAAAUCGCCCAGAAAUGUUAGGGGCAAAGCUAAAAGAAAAGCUGAGGAGAUUGCAGGAGAAGCUGAGGUUUUAAAAGUACCAUUGUCUUCACCAAUAAAGUCACCACAUUUAAAGUCUCCUUUAAAAGGGAAAGGGAAAUCUAAGAAGACAAAAGCUAUUUCUGCUUUGGAGCCUCUUCAUGAAGGGACAGAGGUGAUGGACACCAAUGGAAAAAAGUGGAAGUUGGUCAGAUUGCUCAGCCAAGCAACAACAGAGCUCAUUUAUGAAGUUUCACCACCAAAUGCAAAAGAAUCAAACUACAUUGUCAAACUUGGCGCAAAGGAUGGCAAAAUCUUUAAUGAGCUGAAUUUUUUGCAAAGAGCUGCUAAACCUGCAUCAAUAGAAAGAUGGGUCAAACAGCACAAGAUGGAUUUUAUUGGACUUCCUCAAUGCAUUGGCUUUGGACUACAUGCAGACUCUUACAGGUUUUUGGUUUUUCCAAACAUGGGCCACUCUCUCCUAUCUUUAAUGAAUAAACAGAAUAGGUCUUUGUCAGAGGUUACAGUUCUUCAACUAGCAUGCCGCAUACUUGACGUCUUGCUGUAUAUCCAUUCAAAUGAGUAUGUCCAUGCCGAUAUUAAUGCAGAAAAUGUUUACAUCAAUCAAGGACAAGGGUCACAGGUCUAUCUUGUAGGAUACAACCAUGCCUUCAGGUAUUGUCCUGGUGGUCAUCAUGUGGAGUACAGAGAAGGCAGCAGAACACCAAAUGAGGGUGCUGUAGAGUCCAUCAGUUUGGACAGUCACAAUGGUGCAGCUCCAUCUCGUCGCAGUGAUCUACAGUCUUUGGGUUACUGUAUGUUGUAUUGGCACACGGGAACCCUGCCUUGGACUACAUUGAGCCAACCUGAUCGUAUUGCUGCAGAGAAAAGAAGUUUGUUUUAUUUGUAUUUAGGUAUAUCAACGAUGUACCUGGCCUUUUGUACCACUGCUUUGAGAAGAAGAAAGUGUCUGAUGCUUUUCAGUCCUUUUUGUCGGCUGUGAUGGCCCUGGAGUACAGUGAGCAGCCAGACUACACAGCUCUGAAGUCUGGACUCAGUGCAGCCUUAAACCAGCUAGGUGGGUGUGUGGAGCAGCCUCUUUGCAUUUAGGCAGAUCUAAUAUUUCAGAUGGUCUAAUAAUCCUUUUACAUAGUAUUUUUUUUUAUUCAUAACUCCAAAUGCUCCUGUGUUUUCCCUUUAGAAUUUAGAGAAGUGAGAGUGGGACAAAUGCAAUUUCAACAUGAAUGUAUUUGUUUAGCAGGUUUAUAUUGUUGCAUUGUUAUAAAUAAUACAAACUGUUUUAAUAGUCACAAUUUGCUGUGGUGUUAAGUUAUUAUUUGUUGAGUUUAUUUCCCUUUUUUAUUUCUCUGCUUUUAACACAUUUGUAAAAAUUACCAUUUUAGGAAUAUUUAUAUGUUAAGAAUACAGUAGCCAAAUUUUGAAUUUAAAUUUAAAUUUCAUGCGGACUAGCUGUUCUUCUGGGCAAGCGUGAUUUAACAUUAAUUAUUUUAACUUGUGCCUUUGUUAUUUCUGUCUACUUUAAGGAAUUGUGUUUUAAAAAUAAAAAUCUUAAAAUUG